GAACGAAUCGUUCGCGAACGACACAACCCUAGCCUGCUGCUGCUGCUAGGUUUGUCUGUCAGUGUCGGGCAGAUGGGUGGGUUCCAUAAAUGGAAAGUAUGAGUCCCACCCACUCCAACACUAAAAUACAGUCACUACUGAGACUGCUCUAAAAAACACUUCUUCCUGGAAGAGACUGCUAACAGACUUAAGUAAGUGAUCAAAUCGGACAUCGACUCCAACAUAUCGAGCUGUAACUAAUGUUUUCUACUAAUCUGAAGUUGUAGGUUUAGUUAGAGUAAGCUGUGAGUGUUUAAGGAGUCAUUUUGUGUCUUAGUUACUCUAGUGUUCCCGACGCUGUCGUUAGCAUGGCAGCGUGUUUGCUGCAGGUUUACCACAGCUAAAGUCACCUUAUACAGCUAAAAAACAAGCACAGCUUCACUUUGACAGCAGAAUUAUGUUCUCUUGUUUCGGUUUUAGGUGGUUGGUUCGCUGGCUUUUGCUUAGGUAGAGAUAAAGCUGGGCUUAGUUACUUCCCAUGGAUUAUCCUGAAGUGUUAUGUAAAUUGCUCUGGGAGGUAACUUGGCUAGUUUGAGGAGGAAGCUUGUACAGGCCUGAAGCAGAGUUGUAUUAGCCCGUUACUGUAAAAACAAAAGUAAAACUAAAGUAAAUAUAUAAGUUUGAUCUACAAAAUGUUAAUAAAACUAAUUAUUUUGUUUACACGCUAAUCAUUAGCCACUGACCCAAUUAAUUGAUAAUGUCUUGUAUUAGAAAAAACCCACAAUUUUAAUACUUUUAGAAAUAGACAAGGAUUUUUAAAGGAUGUUGAAGUUUUGUAAGUCGGUGUCAGUGUAUUGUGACACAGUAAAGGUGGUUAUUACCCCAUACUGGUGACUUAAUGUCAGCCUUUUUCCUCUGAAGUGACAGCUAUCUUUAUAACACCUCAAAGCAAACAUGGCUGUCUAUACGUGAUAAGGUUUAGAGUUGUAGGUUUAGGUUUGAGGUUUUGUCAGGACACUGUGUGAGAACUGUUUGUUCUCACAGUUAAAGUUGUGAAAGCUCAUGGUUGAAUGUGUUGUGUUUGUGCCAGAACUGUCUUACCUUUCAAACAGUUCAAUUUCAUUGUAUCUGACAAGUGUAGAUGUUUAUCCAUUGAACUUUUUCCACAUUGGUGCUUUGAGUCAGCAUCAAAACUACUGUGUUUGUUUACAACACCCCGAAGGGACGGUGUGUAAGAAGUUAAAGGUGUUUUAAGUACACAUCCACCGUCAUUGUGACUGUGUAUAAAGAUGUGUUAGUUAGAUACACUGACCUCUUCCUUCCCUUGUGAGGUGUGCAAACUUAAACAAAUCCCUCUCUCGCUGAAUAAAUGCAAAUUAAAGAGGACAUUUCCAUUCAGGUGUUAUGAUGUCAGUUUUACUGUGGAAAAAGCAGCACUGUGAGAGUACUGGCCUUGAAUGAAAUGUUAAAGAAAAGGGGAAAAAAGCCAGUCCACCACUUUGAAACAAGUGUUUGUGAAAUCUCUGUUUUGGAAGAAAGAGGUUGCAGGUAUGAAGCUGCUGCGACAGUGCCUUGCACAAAGAUUUCUAACCGCUUAACUAGAAGAAAAAAGAGGAAACACCUGUCUUUAGAUCAGUUUAAGACCCUUGUACUUUGCUUAGAUGACACAGAUUAUUCAUUAGAAGAAAAGUUGUGAUAUAGAUAUCACAACCAAGUUUAUAACAAAACAGUUUUUCUUUUUGUUAAUGGAGACAUGCUGUACCAGUUCUGAAGAAUUCAAAUAGUUUGUGUCUUAGUUGGUGAAAAUUUCCACCUAGUGGGAAAGAGGAGGAGAGACAGGUUUACAGCAGGGUGUGUUUACAACUCUUUCUGCCAUGUCAUUCAUGAUAACAGUACAAUGCUCUGGAUUAUGUCAUUCAGCAGUACUAACAAACAGCACAGAAUGAUUUUUACAUUAUUUAUAACAUGUCAUGAUUGGGGCUUUUACAUUGAUAUUUUUGUCAUGUGUUUACAGAUAUGAGCUACCCUGGAUACCCCCCUCAGGCAGGUGGAUACCCACCACAGCCUGGGGCCUACCCUCCACAGCCCGGUGCUUACCCACCUCAACCUGGAGCGUACCCUCCACAAGCAGGAGGCUACCCACCACAAGCAGGAGGCUACCCCCCUCAACCUGGUGCCUAUCCUCCACAGGCUGGUGGCUAUCCGCCACAGGCAGGUGGCUAUCCUCCACAGGCUGGGGGCUACCCUCCACAGGCUGGGGGCUACCCACAGGCUGGGGGCUACCCACAGGCACCACCACCAGGUUAGGGAUAAUUGGGAAACAAAAGUAACUGUGUCAAAAAGUAGAGAAAUCAGUCUGUUAGUAUUUCUAGACUCACUAAUGAAUGCUUUAUGUGCUGCUUGUUUACUUCAUUCAAACCCUCAAAAAAAUGUGAGGAGAUUUUUAGAAAGGAUUUUUCCAGUGGUGAUUCACACUGGAAAAUAUCUGUUUUCACUUGUAGCAGAUAAAGAGCACAAACAUGCCAUUAGCUGAUUUAAAUAAACUUCCACCAAACUCAGAUGAAGUAAAAAUGUAGGGUUUAACUCAUUAGGUAGACCAGGCCCCCAUGUCCAGAGCCUCCACUCUGUAUUUCACUUGAAUAGGGUUGAUUUCUGGUUCUAGUAGUAUUCGGUUUAUGCCACCCCAUCCUUCCCUCCACAUCUCCUGUCUCUCACAUGCUUUUCUAUCAUGUCAGGCCAAAAGAAAGUAACUGAAAUGCAGUGUUGGGCCAUGUUAUUUUCAUUCCUAGUCUAGAAAGGGUGACUCAGCAGUGUCGUGCAACAGAAAUCAUGGGACUCAUGGUGAACAGAGUGGAAUUUUUUUUCCCUGAAAACAAACAAACUUUCACUGUUGCUAAGAGAAGCAAGCCUCACAGCCCGUCUUCAGCAUAGUGCUCCCAUUCUCUGCCCAGCACUUUUUCACCUACACGUAAACCAGUGGAAACCAAAGGGAAAGGAAGUUCCACUAUGAGGGGUCAUUCCCGUCUCAGUCUGAUAUUCUCAGUUCUUUCAGGCAUGUUAAAGCAAAUUACAUCCUCAACUUCUCUGAACAGCGCUGUCUUUGUUGUCCACUGUAGGCAGCUGGGGAGGUGGCCCAACUGGUGGAUAUCCCUCCAUUGGCCUUGACAGUUUAUCCAACCCUGGAUACAAUGCUGGCAUGGUAAGUUUCACCUUGAUAGAAUAAUCUUACCCUGCUACCAGAAAGAAAAAUGUAAUGAAUGUGUUAAACUAAGUCUUAAGAUGAUUGAAUUGAAUAUCCCAGUUAGAAUGAUUUACACUGCAGUUCAAGGAAUGUCACGCCCUUUCUAUUCACGGUAAGACUCCCCCAAAGUCUGCUUCUAAAAACCCUCAGCAUCAUCAUCAGUGCUCUUCAUCAGCCUCUCUUUGAAGGUCUUUUGCAUGUUAAGAACAGUCACACUUUUCACCCCUAUCUGCGCUUCCUAAAACUGCCAAUCCUAUGCAACUUUUUACUCCUUCGAUCUCCAGAUUCAUCAUCUUGUCUGUUUUAUUUCAAGAUAGAUUUUAAUUUCCAUCUGAUUCCAUCGCAUGGCCACACUUUAUUUGGAUACCUCUUGUAAAUGCUUGCAAGUAACUUCAGUUUUCCUACUGAAGCUAAAUCAAGGAUAAGUUCCACUAACUUCAAAUUUGACCAAGCAUUAUAAAUAGGUCUAAAUCCAAAAAAGGUGUGACCGUUUUUAUGUUGCAUGCAUCAAAUAAAGAAACGCUUCAAGCAUCUGUGCACAUUCUAUGAGAUUCCAAUCUUUCCACAAUCACAGGCUAACCAGAUGUCUGCAGGUAUGGGUGGUUUUCCCCAAAAUCCAUCCAUGUUCGCCCAAGCCCCUGGGGGGUACCCACCCGCACCUCAGCCAAGCGGGUACGGUGCCCCCCUCCCUAACCAACAGUCAUUUGGCCUGUACCCACAGCCAGGAGGGGCCAUGCCCCAACCCCAAGGCCCAGGGAUGGGCUACCCAGGUCAGCCUGGCCAGCCAAUGCCGGGAUACCCACAAGCACCAUCACCCAACCCACCCAUGGCUGGUUAUGGAGGAGCACCAGCACCCAUGCCAGGGUACCCAAAGGUCCCUUCACCAAAUCCAUCCAUGCCGGCCUAUGGAGGAGGAGGAGCCAUGCCAAUAGCUCCAGCCAUUAAUGUGAGGAAGCGCUGAAAUUCUUUGUUGGCUUGAGAUAAACUAUCUGUCACCUUGUUAUGCCUCAUGUCAAAAUCUUUUAAACACAUACACACAGGCCUGUAUCUACACAUCUGUGCAUCAUAAAACAAAGUUUAUUUUAGUGGAAAUAGCGUUUGUUGCAUUGUGAAAAUAAUUUCUUGUCAUCUCAGAGAGGAUUCAGGGGAACAAUAAAGGACUUUCCUGGAGCUGAUCCACUUAAAGACGUGGAGGUUCUGAGGAAGGCCAUGAAGGGCUUUGGUGAGUGCUCCUCAGAGAUGCUUAUCAGAGUGGAGUUCUUGUUAUCAUGUAACUCUAAUCUUCCCCGGAACUGUAAUUAUGUACAUAAUGCAUGAGAUACUGACCAUUUAGCUCCUUGCUGUCUUACCCUGUAUGUCUGCCCUUUGAAUUCCUUAAGUUGAAUAAAUGAUCAUCAGGGUCAUAAUCAGUUAAAAGAUAUUUUUAAUCUUUCUUUUUUUUCCAGGAUAGAUGGUUAAAAGUCACGUCAGGUUAUUAAAAAACUAAGUAACAUUAAUAAUAAUAGCAGUCCUCUUUCUGUUCUCCUUUCAUUAAUGGACAGCCUUUAUUUUCCUCAGAUAUGUCUUGCUGUACUCAGAUAUAUUUUUGUUUUUAGUAACAUAAAAAUAGUUCAUAAGUAAAAUUUGAAUGUUUAAACUGGAAAUUCAGAUAAGUGUCUUUAUUUCUAAUGUAUGCAGUGAUGUAAUGUUUGGCCUUCUUUGUUCAGGAACUGACGAGCAAGCCAUUAUUGACUUACUGGGGAGUCGCUCCAUCAAGCAGCGUUCAGCUCUGCCCCGUGCCUACAAAACCUCCUAUGGAAAGGUAAGAAAUCCUCUGCUUUUGUUUUAAGUAUCACACACUGAUUAUCCAACAACUGAUGAUAUUUUUGUAUCAGGGGAGUUUAAAAAAGUUAGAAAUUCAUAAAUGGAAUCAUACAUGAACUGGUUUACAUUACCCAGUGUAUAAUAGUGACAAGCAGACAACAGGUGCAACAGAGUGCUGCCAGUAAAAUGGAACAGGGAUUGGAUGUCCUCAGGCUGAGAGCUCAUUAUAGAUGUACCACAGAGCUGCGGUACGAGUUUCACAGCAAGCAGUUAAUGAUGGUUGAGUUAUUCCAAGCGUGUUUCUAUUUUCAGGAUUUGUUAAAGGACCUGCAUUCAGAGCUGUCUGGAGACUUCAGGAAGCUCGUCAUGGCCACAUUGAAGACCCCUGCUGAGUACGAUGCCUAUGAGCUCAACAGUGCCAUAAAGGUAGGCAUGUGCAUGAAUGGUGGGGGUUGUGCUAGUCUCAAUACUAUCACCAGUCUCAGUCUGCAAUGACAUGGAUUUGCAAUAUAUCAGUAUAACAGUAUAAAUAUGCAUUUUUUUUCCUGACAGUUGACAAUGUUAUGUGUUACGCUGGUCAUGGGUUUACUUUAAUACAAAACAAAAGGAAAAACUUUGGCUGCUACAAGGUCAGAGGAUAAGCUUUUCAAACUGUCAUUGGUCUGUCUUCCAAACAGGGAGCUGGAACUGAUGAAGCCUGCCUGAUAGAGAUCCUGUCAUCCCGCUCCAACGCUGAAAUCAAGGAGAUAAACCGCAUUUACAAACAAGGUGAGAUACCUUAAAGCUCUGAAUGCAUUUCGUUGUCCUACCGCUCAGUUCUUCUUUAUAAGACAUCAUCCAGCUCUGUGUGGGAAGAAGUUUAUUACCACAGUGAAUCAGCUCAGUGGAGCUGUAUCUUAGUAACCCCAGAGCAUCUGUAAACUCAGGUGUUAUGUACAGGAAUGUUUUUUGUUUACAUGGAGUAAGUUUCCACCCUUAUGAGUCAGUGUAGGUAAAAAGAUUCACUCAUUUUUGUUCUUGUCAUUUCAGAAUACAAGAAGACACUGGAGGAUGCUAUUUCUGGAGACACCUCAGGGCACUUCCGCAGGCUCCUGGUCUCACUCGCCCAGGUAUCAACAUAUAACAAAUGAGUCAUCUAAUUUCCUGCUGAUACUUUCAGAUCAAAUCACAAUCAUUAUUUCCUGUAUUUUGUAGGGUAAUCGUGACGAAAGAGAGAAUGUGGAUAUCUCUCUGGCUAAGCAAGAUGCUCAGGUAGAGUCUGCUUCUCUUUUUAGUGAUAAGGGUUUGUGAGUUUUAUCUUCAUUAUUUCAUUAGAAACAAUGAAUGUAAGGACAUGGUCAUUCAUAAACGUUGCUGUUCUUACAGGCCCUGUAUGCUGCAGGAGAGAACAAGCUGGGGACAGAUGAGUCCAAAUUCAAUGCAAUUUUGUGUGCCAGGAGCAAAUCCCACCUCAAAGCAGGUAAUCUUAACAGAGACAUACCCACAAUGAGAAGCUUAAAGGUUCAACAUCUGAUUCCAAGAAGUAAUAACAAGACCGAUGACGUUAACAGACGAGUUCACUUCUUUGUUUUAAGACUGAUGGUUUGUGUGUGUGUGUGUGUGUGUGUGUGUGUGUGCAGUGUUCCUCGAGUAUCAGCGCAUGUGUGGCAGAGACAUCGAGAAGAGCAUCGGCAGGGAGAUGUCUGGAGACCUAGAGAGUGGCAUGUUGGCCGUCGGUAAGAACACACAGACACAUACAUACAUGUGCACGCACACACAAAACUAUUCAAAGGUCACACCCAUACAUUGUUCCAAGUGGAAUCUGCUCCACAUGAGUCAUAAAUGACGUCACAUUGAACAGCCAUCUGAACGUAUUAUAUGAUGCAGAGUAUUACAGCUGACUGAAUGGAAAGAGAAACCGUAUGAAAGGAGGUGUUGCUGCUUAAUGCAAACUCUGUUUUUUGUUUCCUUUUUUGCUCAACUUUGCUCAGGGUCAUGGUACUGUAAACAUUUACUGCUUGUAAAUUUGAUUGAUUUGAAUAUAUACCUGUGAUUUCGACAUUAAGUUGCUGUGUUCAUUGUGUGAUGGUGUGCACUGCAGUGUCUGUUUGUUUUUGAUGCUGUGAUUCAUUUCAAUCCUCAAAGCAAGGUUAAAAUUUAUGAUUUCAUAUUAGUAUUAUUUCAAACCACAACCUUUUAUUAAAGCUGUGUUAAUCAAUAUUCGGCCUGUAGGUGGCAGAAAACCCUGAGUCUUGCCUGUAAAAACACAGCCUAAGCUUUGUUUAUACUUUUCCUGUCAGAAAUCACCUGCCUGCACAUCAUGUAGAUGCAGGAGGGUGUUUAAAUGUUGGGGUCAUGGUUUCCUGCCACCUGAUGAUUGUAUAUGUAAGGGUGAUUUCACAAUAAGGACUUAUGCCUGAAUACACUUGGUCCAUUUGAUCAGUGUGAACCAUCAUGCCUAAUGUGAAAAAGCGCCCUCAUAUUCACCCAUAUAUCCUUGUAUUGGUUCUUCAAUACCAGAGUGAAUUGUUUGUCUCCUCCCUGUGUGCUCUGCAGAUAGCAUCCUGUCACUUUAUCAGAGUUUGUUUGGAAAAAACAGAUGUUGCUGCUGCUAGAUGUUCAUAUUUAAAGCUCUGCAGCGCCGCAUAUGGAUCUUUUAUUACAACUGACAGAGUUAACAUAGUUAUUCAAUCAGACAUGAAAAUAUUGAUUUAUGCAGCUUUUAUUACACUUGUUGUCAUCCUGUAACAUUCCUUUAAUGUAUUCACAUUGUGAUUUUCCUUUGUUCACUUUCACUUCACAAAGUAUCAGCUUUUUUUUCUUCCUCAUCCUGGCUUUACAAGGAUGCAACUAGAAUGUAUUCUUAUUCAGAGAUCUUGUGUAAUUGAAAUGUAUUAUUGUGUGUUAUUGCUCAUGUUUGAUUGAGUGUUUUCCCUCUUUCAGUGAAGUGUAUUAAGAACACACCUGCCUACUUUGCUGAGAGACUUUACAAGGCCAUGAAGGUGAGCUAUCAUUUCUUUAUGCCUUGCAGUAGUCAUUAUCUGUGCAUUGCUAAUUAAUUGCAACAUAAUAUAGACGUUUCACAGUGUGUUCCUAUUUGCAUUUUUGUUCAUGAAUGUGCACAUAUGUUCAGGGAGCUGGAACCAAAGACAGAACCCUGAUCCGGAUCAUGGUCACCCGUUCUGAAGUUGACAUGCUGGAUAUCCGCCAGGAAUAUGUCAAAAACUAUGGCAAGUCGCUGUACACACAUAUCUCUGUAAGUAUUUCCAUUCCAUUAAAAGACUUUCGACUAUCUAAAAGGAGCAAGUUAGUGUGUUUUGUGGGACACGUGUUUAAAUAAUUGGCUCAUACGUCUGUUUUAUUGACAGGGAGACACAUCAGGAGACUACAAGAAGCUCCUACUGAAGUUCUGCGGGGGCAGUGACUGAAAAGGGAACAGCAUCUACUACAUUAUAGAAAUGUAUUUUAUAUAUCAACUUCUUGCUUAUCUAUAUGCAUCCAUGCACAAACUGCAACCCUGCAUGCCAUACCAGUUCUAUCAAUGCAACGUUACUUUGUUUUAAGAGCCUCAAUAUUGCUACAUGCUGUUUCUUUUCUAUACAUACAUAUGCACUAAAAGUUUUAUAUUUUCACUUGUUUUAUCCUUUUGUUUGAGUCUAAGAUUCAUGACCAGGCCAUUCAAUCAGUGUGCAACAGAUGAAAUUUAAAGUGUAUAUUUUUUAGAUAUUGUGUUUUGAAUUGUGCCAAUAUAAUCAGAUAUCUUACGGUAUCUGGCACUUUUACCGGCCACUUUUUGUUGUUCAGCAUGGCUGAAUACAAUGUGAUACAUAGCAGCUAAGUACCAAAGUUUACUGUUUAUGUUUCAGUCGUAUAAUCUCAUCUAUAUUUUGUCUAAAACAAGUGUGCUGUAAGUGCAAGAGAUCCUUUAUUUUGUUUAUCUAUCAUUGUAACCUGUAAAACUCAAGCAUUACAUUUCAUAAUUUGUUGAUUUUAUUUCCACGAAUCUCCUAAAAUAAAUACUGAGAAAGCGUUUUAAA